AGUGUGAUUUCUUUAUUCAAUUAAAAGCCAACACCACUCCAGGCCAGCUAAAAUGGAUUAAUGUACCUCGUUGAUUGCAAAUUGGAAAGUUAAGGACUAGCAGCAGCAAGCUGCUAUACAGGGAAGCAUGGAGACAUAAGCAACGCAAACAAGGAAGAGAGGCUGUGCAACUGAACAUUUUUCAGUUUAUUUAUUUAUUUAUUGACCCACAUGUAAAUAUUGCAAAAACAGGGCAGAAACGUAAUACAUUUUGCUAAAAUCAAAUAUACAUAUUUUAUACUUGAUGAAUAUUUUCGUCCGAGCGGUUGCUGACUAAUCACAGGACACCACUCAAGUAGUCAAGGUUAUUCAAGGUCACAAAGUGUAGCACCAGCAGCCUGCUGACACCUUUCGCUGCAAGUCUUGUUUGCUACAAACAAAGGCGGCAAUUUUUAUAUAUUGCUAUUCCGACUUCAUUGCAUAAUCCCUGCCCUUUUAUAUUGUCGUCACUUACUUAAAAAAAAAAAAAAACCUUCAGAUCACAAGGGAGCAAGUGAAAGCUCUCUGAUUGGCUGAGGCCGAGCAGCCAAUGGGAGUUGAGCGGGGGAGGAGACUGGAGGCUUUGGUCUGUGUGUUGCCGGCUGCAGCAGACCACAGAGUGACGCCUCUGCUCCGCUCCGCUCUGCCUCUCUCUCUCGCUCGCUCGCUCUGCAGGCGGGAGCAGCACUCUACUCAACACUGCCUCAACCAACCGCAUGCUGCCUCACUGGCUGCCUGGUAGCUUGAGGCCUAAAGCUUAGUUGGAAACGAGGCCACUAGUGUUGGUUAAGGACAGUGAGGUUCGUUAGGUUCGUUUGCGACAUCGUUUUUUCGCAGAUGUAUUUUCGGAAAAACGAAGCUUUUUAGUCGGUUAUAUUCGCUUUUUUUAAAUAUAUAUUUUUGGGUUCACAAGGUGCAUUGUGGACACGGCUGUAGCUCUCAGGCGUGUAUGAGGUGGUUAGUUUAGGCCCGUGGUCAGGUUGAGCUAGUUUUAGGCCAAGAGAAGAAGAAGAAGAAGAAGAAGAAGGUUCUGGAACUGGAACAGCAACAACAAAAGGGGGGACGUGGCUGCAUAGGUGGUGCGGUGCCCCCUAGUGUAGGAGACUAGGUACUGCAUCCUUUUUGUGAGCUAAACAAGGCAACUGAUCGUGGUGGUGUAGCCUUAGUGGCGCAUUUAUAUUCAGAAGUUGACAGCAGCUUGUCAUUUAGUUGAGCUAUUUAGGGUUGUAAGACUUUGGUCGGCCUUAGUGGAGUAUUGAUAUGGCAGUGGUACUGCACCCAACUGAUGAGGUGAAACAUGGAGGUAGCUUUUCCUGAGGAGCCUCAGAAGAAGAUAAUGCGCGCGCGCAAAACCAUGAAGGCCAGCGACCGCAGUCAGCUUGAGUCUUUGCACUCCACCCUCUCCUCCCUGGCAACAGGCUCCUCCUCCUCCGCUACCACGACGGCAAACACCACCACAGGGUCAUCGGCAUCGUCUUCGUCGUCGACAACGCCGAUGGUGAACGGCACGCACUCGGAAGAUGGAAAAAACGGAGGGAAGACCAAGGACAAGGGGAAGGAGAAGGUCGGCGGUAGCGGGUCGAGGUCGAGCUCGCCCGCCACCGUGAGGUCGGCGUCCGUGUCUCGGUCGGCGUCUCCAACAAACGCCAGCGGAACUGGGAGUCCCAAGCCCUCGGGGACGUCGUCGUCGUCGUCAUCCACGACAACCAAGAACGGUCCGAAAGAGGGCUUGGACAAGGAGGCCUCGUCCUCCUCCUUCUCCUCGGAAGGAAAAGAAAAGUCGGAGAAAGACAAGGAGAAAACUACGUCGUCAUCAAGCUCCACAAAGGACUCCAAAGUCACGGCGGAUUCCUCCGACAAAACGAAAACACCGGUCAAGAGCCCGGGGUUGACAACGUCUCCACACGACCCCGAGGUGAAAGAGGGCUUCCUGUUCCUCAGCGAGGAGGAAGAAGGAGAGAAGGACGACAAGAAAGCCGGCGGCAACAAGCAGGAUGGAGAUAAGAAGAAGGUGGGAGAGGAGGAGAAGAUGGAGGUGGACCGUGAGAAAGGGAAGGAAAAAGAGGAGGAUAAGACAAUAAAGAAGAAAGAGGGGAAAUCUUCACGAUCUUCCAGUCCUGUAGAAUUGGCCUCUGGUGCCUCGGCUGCUGACGGGACGGCCUCGAGUAGUAACAAGAAGCGUUCCCUGUCGGUGGACGGUGAGAAGAGGGGGUCGAAGCCGGAGGAAGAGGAGAGGGGCGUGAAGAGGCCGAGAGUGGAGGCGGGCAUCGAACUCGAGGCCCAGCUGGAACUCAAGAUCACCGGCGGCAGCGCCGACAGUCGACUCAAACUCCAAAAGGUGGUCCAGAAGCUCGUGGAGGAGCGGCUGCGGGUGCUGGAGUUGACGGUGUUCGAUCGCAGUCUACAGGAGCUCAAGGAGCGGGUGGAGAAGAUCGACGCCAUGAAACACCAGUCAACACUCACUACGUUACAGGCCAAGAUCUCUCGUCUAGCUAAGAAGUUUGGGGCCGCUAACCAGGCCUCAGAAAACAGCAGGAAAGCUCAGGAGUUGGCCAAAAAGACAGCCCAGAUAAACAACACCACUGCAGGGAGCCCUGGAAUGAGACCGACAGUCCGAACGUUGAUUGAUGAGAAGCGAGGUAGCCAGAGCCCAACAACAGGUGGCUCCAACUCUUCAGCAUCCCCAGCGCAGCCCAAGCCCCAGUCUACCCCUGCCACCCCCACCACCUCCUCCACCUCCGCACUGGCCCCCCCAGCCGUGCCCGCUCCCGCCACCGCCUCCUUCAUCCAGAUCCUCUCCUCCUCCGCUCCCAGCACCACCACCACCACCACCUCCUCCUCCUCCUCUUCCAUGGCACUCGUCCCCGUCGCCAACGCUGCCCCCACCCACCCGCAGGGUACCGUUGUGUCUGCAGCCGCCACGUCGGCGGUCCAGGGUCUGCCGGCGGGCCAGACGCUGCUUCUGAAGCAGCAAGCGGGCGGCACCACGUCACUCCAGCCUCUCCUCAUCGUCGCGGGCAACGGGCAACUGAUGACGAGCGGUGGCCUGAUCCCCGUGUCGUCGCUGGCUACGGUCAACAGCACGCUCGGUAACGCCAAGACCACCACCGCUUACAUCUUGCAGACCAAGCCGGGGCUGGCAGGCACCAGCGGCUUGGUGACGACCACCCCGACGCACGUGGUACCCACCGCCUCCAUCGGAACACUGGCGUCUCUGUCGUCGUCGGCGAUUGCGGGGUCUGCUUCCGGCACGGCUGUUGUCGGUUCGCCUUCUUCCUCGUCGUCGUUGACGACAACGGCUGUUGCCGGGACAGCGGUGACGCUCGCUCGAGGUGGAGGGGGAGUGGCAGCGGGAGGGGUGGUAUCCAUGACGACAGCGGCCCGCACACCGACGCAGAGCGCAGCAGCCGUGGUGGGCGUGGUGUCGUCCUCGGCGACCAGCGUUCCUGCGGCGACGGGAGCAGCCUCGGCCUCGGCCACUCCGUCGACUAGCGCCAUGGCCUCCAAGACCGAUAACCAAGCAUCAAGCUCUCCAGCAGCAAAAUCUGGUGCCACGCCUGCGAAACCUGCAGGUGUGAUUGACCUUACUGAGGACGAUGACGAUGUUAUGGUGACGGGUCUGAAGAAAGCCCCAGUUCCCGCCUCGGGGUCCUCCACUCCAAACCAGCGUCCAAGUAGGCCUCCUCCACCUCUCAUCUCCUCCUCUGGUCCCUCCGCCAGGUCCUCUCCUCAGACCAAUGCCCGCCCUCAACUGACGGUACACCACCGCGCCCCGCUGGACUCUCCGUCCAAGUCACGCCUGAGCAGCUCCUCCUCAACACCACCCUCCACCUCCGCCACCACCACCUCCUCCUCUGCCUCUCUUCCUCCCCUCCCCGCCGCCACCAACCCUCCUCGCCUCUCCGGGGAGGCUCUGGCCACCAACCCGCCGCAGCAGCCGCAGCUCAAGCUGGGCUGCGUGGAGAGCCAGAACGGCAUCGUGCUGUCCUGGUGCGUGGCGGAGGCCGACCCCAAGUGCGCCCCCGUCUCCUCUUACCACCUCUACGCCUACCACCAGGAGUCGCCAGCGGGGGGCGCCAACACCCAGAACUGGAAGAAGAUCGGUGAGGUGAAGGCGCUCCCCUUACCCAUGGCCUGCACGCUGACGCAGUUCGUGUCGGGCUCCACGUAUUAUUUCGCCGUACGGGCGCAGGACGUGCACGGGCGUUUCGGGCCCUUCUGCGAGCCGCAGUGCACCGAUAUUAUCGGUGCGGCGUCCAGCAGCGUUGCCGCGGUAGCAGCGUCCUCGGCUACGUAAGGGUGAAGACGGAUGGAACUGAACUUGUGCGAAGGGGGGAGAUGGGGUUGAAACUAUGGGGGAUGGGGGGGGGGGCGCAAAACACUGAAUGACUAACUGGACGUAACCGAACAAAAACAUCGGAUGUCAGUUUGUUGUUGUUGCCACACACUCAAACGAGCAAAAAACAGGAGAAAAGGAGAAGCACAGGCACAGACACCAUAUUGGAAUUUACGGAAAAAUCGAAACCUUUCUUUGUCUGUUGUUUGUAUACUCCUAAUGCUAACUGGAGACUCCUGGAAAGGAUUAAGAGCUGCUGACGGGAAACAAGGUCAUGACAUGGGUUGUGUUGUGAGCUAGGUGGGAGGUAAAGGGUUAAGUGUUAAGGAACAACGUUCAAGUUUCCGUCGAAGUUCCAGAAAACGACAAUAACAAACGGACGGACAGGCGGACAUACAGAUUGGCUUACUGAUGGAGAUCUCGCCGUCUUCUUCAUUGGAAUAUUACUGACAGAAAUUGUUUAUUGAUUUUGUUUGUUUGUUUGUUUUUUUAAAGUAGAAAACAAAUAAGGAAUAGCAGGACACUCUGUUGACCUGAACGCGAUGACACCCUCGAUGACAUCACCGCGAUGACAUCGUUUGGAUGACAUUGUCCGACGGACAGAAUAAAAUCUGUCCAUUCCCAUUCUUGGUGCUUUCGAGGAUUAAGGAUACUGCUAUGGCAGGUGGACUUGUCUACGACUGUUAGAUUUUGCGUGGGAGGUUGACCUAGGAAUUUCUCAAGGGGCUUUGAAAUCACAUCCACCAAGAGAUCUCCUGGAAGAGUUAUGGGAGUGUGUAUUGGUAAUAUGUAUACGAUGAAACUUGGGACCAGUGUUUGUUGUUUGUUCUUUGUUCCCUGCAUUGAAAGCUAACAAGUACUGUAUGCCAACAGACACACACACACACACACACACACAUACACGUAUACACACACGCACACGUAUACACACACGCACAUGAAUACACACUGCAGUGCAGCAAAGUCGGGCCCUGACGUAACUGUAAUGGCACUUUUUUAAAAAGAAAACUAAAAUUCGUUCGCAAGUCGUCAAGGUCAGUUUAAAUUCAGUCUACAAUACAUGGCCACCUUUUGGUUCCAUUCACAUUUCUUUUCCUGCAGCCCUUCUCAACCCGGUUUUUGUUUUUGUUUUUUGUUUUUUUAAUGUUAUUUUGAUAUCAUUUUAAUUUUAUAAAUGUAAUGUUUUGUGUCUUAAAUGCUUGAAGAAGUGCAGCAUGGCUGAGAAUGUGUUUUUGAAUCUAUGCCCCCCUUCUUUUAUUGUUAAGUCCCCACAAAACACUAAAUAAACGUUAGUCUUUAAAAGGGAGAUGUGGAGACGUGCGAAGCAAGCCACUUUGCAUCCAUUUCUUUCUCUCACUCACGCGUGUAGAUUGUACAGUUGAAAGUUUAAAAGUUCUCAUAAUUCCUUCCUUGCCUCGUACGUAUAUUUGUUUACUUUUAUUUCCGUGUUUUAUUUGUAUAUUUUUUUUAUCAUUAUUUGAAUUGACGGCCAUGUCUUUGAACACUUGUACAGCAGAGAAUGGCCCCCUUGACUUUUCAAAAAGCUACUCUCGGAUGGUGUUAUUUUUUUGUAUUGUGUUUUUGUCUGCCAACCAGCAAAAACAACAAACAACGAAUAAAAGACUUGAGUUAAAUAUA